AUGGACGUGGACAUGGACAUGGACGUGGACGUGGACGUGGACGUGGACGUGGACAUGGACGUGGACGUGGACGUGGACGUGGACGUGGACGUGGACAUGGACGUAGACGUGGACAUGGACAUGGACGUAGACGUGGACGUUGACGUGGACGUGGACGUGGACGUGGACAUGGACGUGGACGUGGACGUGGACGUGGACGAGGACGUAGACGUGGACAUGGACGUGGACGUGGACGUAGAAAUGGACGUGGACGUAGACGUGGACAUGGACAAGGACGUAGACGUGGACGUGGACGUGGACAUGGAUAUGGACGUGGACGUGGACGUGGACGUGGACAUGGACGUGGACGUGGACGUGGACGUGGACGUGGACGUAGACGUGGACGUGGACGUGGACGUAGACAUGGACGUGGACAUGGACGUGGACUUGGACGUGGACGCGGACAUGGACGUGGACGUGGACAUGGACGUAGACGUGGACGUGGACGUGGACAUGGACGUGGAUGUGGACGUGGACAUGGACAUGGACGUGGACGUGGACAUGGACGUGGACGUGGACGUAGACGUAGACGUGGACGUGGACGUGGACGUGGAAGUGGACUUGGAGGUGGACGUAGACGUGGACAUGGACGUGGACGUGGACAUGGACGUGGACAUGGACGUGGACAUGGACGUGGACGUGGACAUGGACGUGGACGUGGACAUGGACGUGGACGUGGACAUGGACGUGGACAUGGACGUGGACAUGGACAUGGACGUGGACAUGGACAUGGACGUGGACGUGGACGUGGACGUGGACGUGGACGUGGACGUGGAUGUGGACAUGGACAUGGACGUGGACGUGGACAUGGACGUGGACCUGGACGUGGACGUGGACGUCGACGUGGACGUUGACGUGGACGUGGACGUGGACGUGGACCUGGACGUGGACGUGGACGUGGACGUGGACGUGGACGUGGACGUAGACAUGGACACAUGGACGUGGACGUGGACGUGGACGUGGACGUGGACGUGGACGUGGACGUAG